AUGGGUAAAAAGAACAGUCAAGGAUUAGGAAAAAGUAUCAUAAAACAAAGAACAAAGAGCAGUGGAAAUAUUAAGCAUGCCAACAACUGGGUAAGUCAUAGAGUCACGAUUUUAGAGUCCACCUCAUGGCCUUAUUAAGCUCAGCUUAUAUUCCGUCUAUGGGAAAUGAAAAAUUAUGGUUCGUAAAAUCGAGACUUCAAAGAUCGAACGAGUAAGCCAAAUUUAAUGAGCUAUAGUUCGUUUGGUUUUAUCCUAAAAUGAGGUUAUCUGAGGAACAUACUUCCAAGUACUUACAAAGAAUGAUCAUGACAAAGCUUAAAAAUUACGAAAUGUUUUUGAUUAUCAAAGUUGACGUCAUUCUGUUUUAGCUGCAUUGCAGUGAGUUGGAUAACGGUCCAGGACCCAGUGUUCAAUCCAUAACAGAACAAACUGAUUUGGAUGAUUUUUUAGCAACAGCUGAAUUGGCUGGCACAGAGUUUGCAGCAGGUAAGAGUUAUUUGUACUCUUGUACUCCGGCCCCCGUUAUUGGGGGGGGGGGGGGGGGGGGGGGGGGGGGGAGGGGGGAUGGAUUUUUUGGUGGGACUGUGUGUCUGCAAUUUUGGUGCGCUACACUCUCUACACUGAAGCCUCAAUAUAAUAAAGGGCCAAGGGAGUGGAAUAUUUUGUUCGAUCUAAUGAGGUUUCGUUAAAUCAUAUAUUUUGUUAUUGCUGGGGUUAAAGAAAAGGUUCUUUUAUACUGAGGGCUUUGUUAUUGUACAUGCAACGUAUUGCGUUGUUCCGUAAGGCGUAAGAAUAGAUCAAGCUUCAGAAAUUCAACAGACCUUUUAUAUUCUGCCAACAAAAUACACAAAAGCAUGUGACCGCCAGUGCAAGAGUGUGAUGCAAGUGCAUGUGCAGGGUGCAAAGAAAGUCUGUUUUACAGCCUGCCAUUCGGGAAAGCUGUAGCUAGCAUGUACUAGCCCACAAGUAAUUUCAACUAGCCCCAAAACCCUUUUUGAUUAACAGGAUUGAUUACAAACCUUCUGUUACUUGAAUUUCCCCAAAAAACACCACUUGUCCGUCGGGCAAGUUAAGAACAGACAUCUCUAGCCCGAUAGCAAAAUCCACUAGCCCCAGGCUAUUGGACACAACUUUCUUUGCACGCUAAUGUGGUAUGAUGUCAUACACCACAGUUAUAUCGAGGUUCUACUGUACUAAGUACAAAGAAUCCUGACCCUAUCCCAGACUGACUUGAUAUAAAUCAGGGACUCCAGUCUUCAUACUUGUACAGCUGAUUAAAUAAGUAAUGCGUUAUUCUUGAUUAAAACUCUUUGAUUUUUUAUCCCUUCCUCGACUUAUCUGCUUGAAAACCCAACUUGAACCCUUCACAGGAGUGCAUAUUUAUAUAGCUCAUACUCAUAAAUCUAUACCACUGAUGUUUCUCUACAUAUAACUGGUAUCAUAACUUUGCUUGCAGAAAAACUUAACACAACAAUAAUAACUGAGAGGCACAAUGACGGGCUUGUGAGUAGGGAAACAGCUGCAGCAAUCAAGCAAGCUCAGCAAGAGAAUCAACAUUUCCUUAGGAUUCCUCGCAGGUUUGUUUCUAUUACUGACCUUUUUUAAGAAAACAAUAUUAAACAUUUCAUAAUAAUAUUUAUCUUGCAAUCGUUCAAACCUUGAGACAGUCAUUGAUUGAACUGUAUGAAAGGUUGUAAUUUCUUUAUAUUUCUCUACUUGCAGACCUGAAUGGGAUAAGGACAUGACUGCGGAGGAGUUAGAUCAACAAGAAAGGGAAAGUUUUCUUGACUGGAGAAGGCAACUUGCAGAGUAAGAGCUUUGGUGAUUGUGUUCAUGUAGAAGUCUGAAGCUCUUGGCCAUGUUGCCCAAAUGUUAUGGUUUAUAUUAAAAUUAAUUACUUUACUUAUUAUUUUUAGGUUGCAAGAAAAAGAACAUAUCAUUCUUACACCAUUUGAACGUAAUCUUGAUUUUUGGAGACAGCUUUGGAGAGUGAUAGAGCGAAGGUGCAAUAAUUAAAAGAUGUCUGAUGUACUUGUUUAUCCUUAGCUUCCAACUGAAUUUGUCCAUUUGCAUGACACUGUGGUUUGCUUAAUUUCUUUUAGUGAUGUAAUUGUCCAGAUUGUGGAUGCAAGAAACCCCCUCUUGUAUAGGUGUGAAGAUCUGGUAAGAAUGAAACUAACUUUCAAUGUUUAUUUUUCCGAAAAUUUUGCUAGAACACAUAGCAUAGAAUAAUUGUUUACUCCUGUCUAACCACAUUUUUGUUGGUUUGUUAAGGUUAACAUGCCUCAAAAUGAGCAAAGAUUUUUUAACACUUCCAUUUUUUUUAAUUUGAUAUCAAUUUUUGAGAAUAAAGUUGUUUUUCAUUACCUCUCACUCGUGUUUCAGCUUUAUCCCUCAUUUAAUUUUCUGUAACAUCAAGGAUACAACUGAACCAAAACACUACACAUUUUAAAUCAGUAAACUUUAUCAUAAUGGCAUGUAUUUAAAUUAUGUACUCAUUAUCUUUCCACUGUUAUUAUUUUGAUAGGAAAACUAUGUAAUUGAAGUUGAUCCAAACAAGUGCAAUCUUUUACUCAUAAACAAAGCUGAUUUUUUGUCUCCAGAACAAAGGUGAUAAUAAAAUUCUUCUUAACUUCUCUUUAUGUUACCUGUAUAUGAUUUUAUCACUUAAUUAUUUAUAUAUUGUUUGUAGAUGUUCAUGGGCAAGAUAUUUCAAAAGUAUUGGGUUACCGGUAGCUUUCUGGUCUGCACAGCAAGAAAAUGAUCGAUUGAUGAAGGUAGGAGAAUGAUGGGUGUAAUAAAAUAUUUAAGGAUGUAACUGAAAACUGUGACCAAAAGUGCUUUAAUUCCCUCCAAUAUUCUCAAUGUUUUUUGAUCUGCCAGUUUUCACCAAAAGAACAAGGAUAAAACUACACAUGAGCAGAAUUGAUGUGCAGCAAAACAGCUGUAGAUGGUAUUAUACAUGAGUAGACCAUCACUUUUAGCCAGCUAUGUGUGGGUCAUGUGAUAGGCUCUCUUCCAAUAAACAUGAAAAAACAAAGUCAGAUUGUCAGUGGUUUUUUCUUUCAUCACUUGAGGUUGUUCAGUUCCUUUCCUGUUUUCCAACAAGAAAUACUAAAGACCCUUCCACAGUUUUUUACAACUUUUGACAUGGCCUAGUAGGCAAAACUCAGAAUUAAUGCCCUAAAAUUACUUGUGAUUUUCAGGCACUCUUUUCCGUUGUUUUUAUUGCUUUUUGCUAGCUCACAGUCAUUUUCAAAAGGUAAAAAAGGUGUGGAAGAUUCUAUUUCCAAGGAAGAAAUAACCUUUUAUUAAUAUAGACUUGUAUUCUCAGUUAAGAGCAGCAGAUGGUGAUAAAAUCCUUGAAGAGAAAGAGAAAGAAGAAGAAGAAAGAGAAGAAGAAGCAGAAAGUGAUCUCCAGAAAACAUCACUGUGGUCAAGACUUGCUGAAAUGUCUGUUGAGAAUGAGGAGAAACUUUUACAUUUAAAUGAAGAGGAACAAGGGUCACUUGAGAAUCAUAACAUACAUGAUGAGACAACAAAAGGUUCAGUAGACUUACAGUCACAUGGUUUUAAAUGUACUGAAAAUCUGUCUACUGGAUGUAGUGAUGGUGCACGGGGUUCUGACUCUUGUGAACAGGACACUGGAAGUGACACAUGUAUUAAGGAAAAUGAACAAUCUAAAGACACAAGGACAAAAUGUGACAUUUUAUCUUCAACUGUUAAAGACGUUUCUCCUCCCUCAGAAAACAUUUGUAUUGAGGCUGUUGGAAAUGAAGAAAAGUCACAAGUUAGUGAUUCAGAAGAUGAAUCACAGGAUUCUGGACCUGGCAACUCAGAUAACAUUGAUGAGAAAAAUGCGACAGGGCAACUAUUGACAAGGGAUGAGUUACUUGCAGUGUUUAAAAUGCUUCACAUGAGUAAAUUAGAGGAGUCAGGUCAACAUACACAGACUACAGUUCUUACCACUGUUGGGUUGGUAAGUACUUUGCAAUCAACUAAAAUAAUAAUUUUUUAUCAUUGUAAUUUUCCUGCCAUGGUUUGUAUUGUACCAGGCUGAAUCAGUAGGACAAGAUCAUAUGUUCUUUGUCUUUGUAUGAUAUCUUGUUUUGUGAAUGUUGAAUGACCAAAAAUACUAUUCAAGAGAAAAGAAAAGAAAGAAAUCAAAGAAAUCAUUUUUCUGUUCAAUUUUAAUGUUAUUUGACAGUCAGUAGCCAUGGUGUUACAAGGUGCAACAAACAACAGGUUACCUUUAACAAAAAUGUUUUUACUUACCAUGGCAAAACAUCUCAAGGCACACCUACUUUAAGAAUUCAAUCUCAUCCAAGGUUAAAAUUGUUAGUCCAGUUGCUUGAAAGUAGCAUUUUUGUUACUAAUAAGCUUAUUUUUUGAACUGGGAUGCCUUCAGGUUGGGUAUCCAAAUGUUGGGAAAAGUUCAUCAAUCAACACACUUUUGAAUGACAAGAAAGUUCCUGUAUCAGCUACUCCAGGACGAACAAAACACUUUCAGGUGCGUGAUACUUUUGAAAUGAAUAAGGAUGAUGAAAGUAAGAAUGAUGUGCACACUUGUCUCCCAUCUUCUUGUGCCCGUGUUAAUUUCAUGCACUGCAGGCUACACAGGCUAUCAAGGGAUCAACUGGUCAAGACAAGUACAUGGACCAGCCAAAAUUUUGUUAUAUGUUAUAACAUAAUAACUUACUAUACAUUGUGUAAGGCUGUGAACCAACAAGUCAUGAGGAUAACAUAACAGAAGUCUGGGCUUACAAAUUUCACAGAAGUGUAAAGCUGCUUCCAUGAAACACUACAUUCCUCCUUCUUCGUACCUCCCUCAAAAUAUGUUGCCUCAUCCUGCCACUACUGAGUUUAGAGUUUGUAAUUUAAAUUUUGAGUGCAUGUUGUUCUAUUAAGGAAGUGAUUAUGUUUUAUUUCAGACUCUGUAUGUUAAUGAUGAGGUCCUCCUGGGUGACUGCCCAGGCCUGGUUUUUCCUUCAUUUGUCUCUACAAAAGCAGACAUGAUCCUGAAUGGCAUUUUACCAAUCGACCAGAUGAGAGAUCAUAUUCCUCCAGUUUCUCUUAUAUCUUUUUCGUCUUGAAACUAUAUUGUCAAAAGUGAAUAUCUUCCAUAGGCUUGUCACUCGUCCUGCUGUGCAAGCACAUGUCUUCCAUUUCUUGUGCGAAGCAAAGCAAAUAAGAAAUACCUACGGAGCCUCUUUUGCGUCACAUGACCCGAAAACGCAUGCCUAGUUAUUCUUUUGUCUAAUUUACUGUAGGAGCUGACUCUGAGGAGAUGUCAUGCCUCAGCACUUGUAACUUAGUUUUCUUUUCCUUUUGCUGGCGUUUUGUCCGUUGAAACUGUUAGAGCGUUGAGGCAUUAUAAUUUGAAAGUUAUCAAUCGGAGGCACCCAACGACAAUUUUCGGAAAAAUAUCUGUUCGGAAGACGAUUUGAGAUCUAGAAUUUUCGGAACAUUUGUUGUAAAAUUUCUUGCUUGCCUGCCUCUCCUAGGAUUUUCGAACAUCUUAAAAAUGGUAUAAUUGCAUAUUUUUAACGGAUUUUUACCCUAAAAAGGUCACCUAGAAUUUUCGGGAGCCUUUUUUCUGGCUGAAAUUUUCGACAAGGUAAGUUUUGAUCCCUAUAAUUUUCGGAUCACUAGACUUUCAGCUAGGAAAUCCGAACAGAUGAAAAAUUUUUAGGGGAUAAAAAUAUGCCUUUAUCUACCGUUUGAAUACGAAAAUACGUUUAACAAUGCUAUGUUUAAGUGCUUUUGAACUAUAUUCUCGUUGAGUGCCCCUGAUCAAUGUUGUAACAGUUCUUAGCUAGGACAUUAAUUCUUUUAAGAAAGUAUCUACUUCCUUAACUAUAUUCACCUCUGUCAAAGAAUUCCUCGCGCUGUACUUGAAGUGGUUUAUGGUAUAACUAUUCCGCCACCACAAGAAGAAGAUGACAGCAACAGGGCACCAUUUGCAGACGAACUACUCUCGGCAUACGGGCGUAAGUCAGUUGUUUGGUAUUACUAUGGAACAGGAAGCUUGAAAGUAAACAAAUAAUACGUUACUUGGAAAUUUUGGUUCAGCUGCAGUUCAGUUUCAGUUUGAACUUCUAUACUUGAGCAACAUUUCUGGUUUGAUCUGCAGUUCUAUUUUCAAAACUGAGGUUGCUGGUUUGGUCGUACUGACCCAGCGUUCUCCGUCUUGAAUCCAGGCACAAAACGGUAUAUGGCUAUUUUAGGGCAUCUUUAUGUCUUUUUUAUAUUCAGAUUUGUUAAAUACUGAAAUCUUCAUGACUCUUAAGUUGUUAUUUCUGUUAAACUAUCUUUACUCUUAUAUUUACGUUCCGGGUGAUUGUGUUUAUAGAUGUCAGAGGUUUCAUGACUUCACACGGAAUCCCUGACUGCUCCAGAUCGGCUCGCUAUAUUCUUAAAGAUUACGUCAAGGUGAACAAUUUAACUGUCAGCUUUUCUGGCCAAGAUUUGUAUGCAAGCAGUGCAUAUAAAUCCAUGCAUUUGCUCUUUAUAGGAGAUUUUUUUCACAUUGACAUACAUUUACGGUUCUCAGUCACCCUCAAGAUUCCGAUCGAAAUACUGUUUUUAUGUUUUUGUAGGGAAAAUUGUUGUACUGCAUUGCACCUCCUGGAGAAGACGAAAAACAAUUUGAACAAAUGGGAUACAAAGUACAGAAACCUAUCGACGCUGAAGGCAAAGAAACCAACAAAAAAGAUAAAGUUCAUAGACAGGUGACACAUUCUAUACAACAUUGUUGGCUUCGCCGGCAUCAGCAGAAUUUGUACUAUUUUAGCCCUCGUUGAACAAAUUCAAGCGAUCAGAAAUCCUCUUUUUUUUAUUUAGUUAUUGAAACUACUUUAACUUAACAAUGAAAAAAAGAUUACUCAGCCAUCUGCGUCAAUAACCAGCUUUCGUUCUCUUUUUUUUUUUUUAGAUGAAUGAUGUUGACAAGGAUUUCUUCAAACAGGUAUUUCCAUUUUUAUAAAGCCUUGUUUCGUUAUUACCUUCGAUGUAUAGAGCUGUUUUGUCAUUUAAGAUCAGUUCAAACAUAAAGUAAUCCCAUGAAGUUUUAUUGUUCGCAAAAGCUAUCUUUUAUCUUUUCUUUUAAGGAACACGUUCGCUGCUUCUCUCGUGGUGUUACGCUUGGACCCAGGCCGCUCGGGGGAGCGAUCUCUGGACAAGACGGCGCUAUGCCGUACAAGCCUUGGAAGAAACAUUGCAACAAAAAUAAGAGGGAAAAACUCCGACGGCUGGCCAAGAAGUAGAAUCAAGAUAAUCAUAAACAAG